AUGGAGAAAGAAUUGAACGAAUUCUGGGAUGAAUAUCAGAGGAACAUGGACAAUAUGGUUUCACACACCAGAAUUCAAGAUAGACUCAAUAUGUUGUUACAGGAUGCAUCGACUAGAGAGAAAGUAAAGAAGAAGGUGCAUCGUCUUCUUGUUACACAUGAGGAAUUUACAAAGGCAUUGAAGUCUGAAUUUGAUGAAUGUCAACAAACUGUUCGGCAUGGGGUUCCCAGUCUAGUAGAUGAUGCAUGUGUGAUCAAAGACAAAACUGUAUGGAUCUCUGAGUGCAAGGAGGAAGAUUCUUCUUCUGCUGGCAAAUCUGAAAAUAGAGAGGAAAAUCCUUUUCAUAAAAUAAAUUCAAAGGAUAAUAGAUGUAGUCAUGAUGAGAUCAUGAAUGCUCAGGAACAUGAAGAAAAACAUUGGGAUGAUCUUAUUCUUAAGAUAGCUGAUAUGAGUGUUGAUGAUGCCAAGAUGGCGAGGGCACUUAAAAGGCAACUAGAUUGGGUGUUACAGAAACUAGGAAUAGAGAGAAGUAGUAUUUCAAGCCCCAAGACAAACAAGUCAGGAGAAGAGAGAGGUGAAACAAGUAGACAAGUAGUUCCAAAAUAUAGUCCUCAUAUGAGAAGAAAUGACCAGCCUUUUUUAACCUAUGACAACCUGUUGGUAAGUGAAAAUAGAAGAUGGAGGGAUGUGCAUAGGGAUCAAAAUGAAGAAAGGCUAGAGGAUGGAAGAAGGAAUGGAGAUGGGGAAAAUUAUGGGAACCGGAUUAACACAAACAGGGCUAACCAUGUAGGAAAUAAUGGGUGUGGCAACAACCAGAAUAAUGGACAAAAUAGAGGUAACAAUGGCAAUUAUGGAAGUGGUAAUGGUGGAUGUAGGAACAAUGGUAACAAUAAUGGCAAUAAUAAUGGGGGUGGAAACAAUGGUAAUAACGGAAACUAUGGCAACAAUAAUGGGAUUAUGAACAAUCAAAGCAACCAUCAUGUUGGUAGACAACCCCUCAUUAUUGAGAGGUACAAACAAUUGGAUUUCACUGGUAUUGUUGGUUAUCCAAAUCAAAUCACUAAUGAUUUGAGAUUAUCAAUCCCAAAAUUUUCAAGAAAUGGAGUUGAGUCAGUAGAGCAACAUGUUAUUAAUGUAAAAAAUAUCAUCGAAGAGUUUGAGAUUCCUCAUGAAGAUCAAAAUCACUAUGAAAUUUUAUCUCAUAGACCUAACACUUUACAGCAAGCAUUCAAAACAAUUGUCACUAUUGAAAAUAAUAGGAGGGUGGCUGGGAAAGUUGCUAAGAGAGAUGAUCCAAAGUUGUACAACUCCAGUGUUCCCAGGAAAGAUUAUCUUACUUAA